UUACAGUGAGAACGCGCGCGCGGUAAUUUCCGUAUGUUUGUUAAGCGUUGAGCGAGCGCAGCAAGUCGCAGUGAAUUAUUGGAACGUUGUGGUAGACUUUUUCAAAUAGGCUUCGAAUUGGCGAAUGCGCAUAUAUACAUACAUAGAUAUAGUUAUGGGCAUAUAUGUAAACGAUUUCGUAUGUACUUACUUGCACUGCAGACAGGAAAGUAGUACACAUCAUUAAUUGCAACAAGGAAUCAACAAAUCCGCCAUUCAUGACACAGAGCUUCGAGUUCAAGUGGACUAAAUUCGCAUGCAUGUAUGUAAAAGCGUCUGCCUUUAAUGCAACUGAGCCUGAAGGUAUGAUAAAGUCGGUAUUGCUGCGUGGGAGGACGACUCUUAAUUUUGGCGUACAAUAGGAGUGAGUAAAUUAGCUGCUGGCAGUUGGUUCGACGAACAUUAGACCAGAAUCGAAAUAGAGGAACAAGUAAGCGGCGAGAUCGAGUGGAUAGAAUAGCGGUAAACAGUGAUAGUGUAAAAUGGCUGUGGAGAGGUCAAGCAAAAUGCAUUUCGUUACCAGUAGCCUUGGCUAUGGCGGGGCGAUUGUACUCAUGGCGCUUGUUUAUGGAUUGCAGCAUAUUGGCGCUCAAAAUCCGCCGCAGCAACAAGUUUGUCCGGAACAAAAUGAUAUAGCACCUUGUGUUUGUACGUUGAAGAAAAACGGAUUGGACAUUUUGUGUGAAACAACCGACUUGGCACAUAUAACAAAAUCAAUGGGUACUUUGAAAGGCCAGAGUCCCAUCAUAUUCUAUUUGAAAUUGCGCCACAACAACCUUCCCAAAUUGCAAGGCUUUGUUUUCUUGGCAUUGGAUAUCCGCCAUUUAACAAUUCACAAUAGCAGUUUGGCUGCCAUAGAAGAGAAUGCGCUCAGCUCAUUGGGUAAUGGACUCACGCAGUUGGAUGUUUCGCUAAAUCAAAUGAAAACGGUGCCAUCAGCUGCAUUAAAGCAUCUCUUCCAUUUGUUGAUCCUAAAUUUGAAUCAUAACAAAAUUAGCGUUAUCCACAAUAAUGCUUUCGAGGGCUUGGACACAUUGGAGAUACUUACAUUGUAUGAGAACAAAAUUACUACAAUUGAACCGGAAGCGUUCAGAGGAGUUGAGAAAAAACUUAAACGCUUAAAUCUUGGCGGUAAUGAACUCACAACGAUUCCACAACAAGCUCUCUCUAUACUUGACGCUCUAAAAAAAUUGGAAGUACAAGAAAACAAAAUCAGCAGUAUAAAUGAAGGUGACUUUGCUGGAAUGGAGAGUUUGGACUCACUAAUUUUGGCUCAUAAUAUGAUCAAUACCGUUCCUGCCAAUGUGUUUUCUCAGCUAAGACUUUUGAACUCACUAGAACUGGAAGGAAAUAAGAUCAGCACGAUUGACAAAGAUGCGUUUAAGGGAUUGGAAGAAAAUCUUCAAUAUCUCCGCUUGGGUGACAACAAGAUUCAAUCCAUACCUAGCGAUGCCUUACGUCCAUUACAUCGUUUGCGUCACCUAGAUUUAAGGAAUAACAACAUAAGUUUUAUACAAGAGGAUGCUUUCACCGGUUUUGGAGACUCGCUCGCAUUCCUCGAUUUCCAGAAGAAUGACAUAAAAGUAUUGCCGAGUAUGAUUUUCGAAAAUCUCAACUCUCUUGAAACGCUCAACAUUCAAAAUAACAAAUUAUCACGCAUUCCACUGGAUAUAAUGGAGCCAAUUACUGAUACGUUGCGCAUAAUCGAUAUCACAGAUAAUCCGUUGAUAUGUUCAUGUGAGCUUACAUGGUUCCCAAAGCUUUUACAGGACCUGAAGAAUCGAGAUGACGAGAUGGCGCAGAAGAAAAAGCCCGUUUGUCACAUGCCUAUCGAAAACCGACAAUACUACGUACAAGCAAUGCCAUUGGAAAAGAUGCACUGUGGCGGCAUAAGCGCCGGCACAUCCAUCUACAAUGGGAUGCAGUUACGUGUGCCGCAUUUGAGCAUGGUCACCAACGUGGCCGUUAGCAUAUUUGCGUUAAUGCAUAUAUUUUAAAAACUCACCGCAACGGCAGUAAACAAAUGAGCAAUUACUUCGGUAUAUUGGCUCGCUCUGAAUGCCAUUUGUAAGCGAAUGUGUUCAGCUAUCAAAUCGAAUUCAACUAUUUGAAGGAAUUAUAAAAUGGAGAACUGUGAACGGAUGCCUUCGGAUUGUGGGCAGAAACAAAAUAUAUAUGUACAUAUCUACAUAUGUCGACACGUACGCGUAACGGUAGAGAGAGAGAGUCAUAGAUACGCGCCAAUAUAUAACUGUUCAAAAUUCAACAAACAUACAUAUCAUGAAAGAUGCCAUUAAAUUCUUACACAAACAUUUAUAUAUUUAAUAUGUAGGUAUUAAGGUUUUGUGACAAUUUAAAAAAAAAUCUGAGAGAAUUGUAUUAAGAUUGUUCUAUACACAUAUACAUAUGUAAGUAUAUGUACACUAAAAGAUUAGCCUUUUUUUUGAAAGAUUUUUUGCUGAGAGUACCUAGUGUAAGAAAAUAACUUUGAAACUAAGCAGCUAUGUUUGUAUGAAGCUUACGUGCAAGUAUAUUUAUUGAAAUUAUACAUCUACUAUAUGUAUUCCUAUUCAAAUAUUUGCUAAAAGGUAUUUUCUAAAUGUUUGUUAAAACUAUUUAUUUAUACUUUCUUUUUAUAUACACUAUUGAUAAAUAACGCAAAUUCAAAGGGAAGCUACUAAUGCAAAAUAAAUGUCGUCGUUGUGAGAUACAAUCAUUUUUGGGUUUGAAUAAAUUAAACAAAAAAGAGUGAAGUCAACUGCAAAAAUGCAACAAUGAAAACAAAAACAUUACAAAAAAAUAGUAAAUGCGUUCGAAAAUGGUAAACGCUUACUAAAACAUUUUAUUUUAAAUUGUAUCCAAAGGACGUGUAAAGCAAAAUAUGUAGCUGGUUGCUCUGUUACCCAAUAUUAACGCGUGACAGGAACAGGAAUUAAAGCGGGACUUAUUUGAAUUGGAAUGCGGAAGAGGCUACCGCAGGCUAGGUAGAGGAUUAGAAUGUGAGUUGCAGCUUAUCUGUCUUAGACAUUCUUUAAUCGAUUGCAAAAAGGGAAAGUAUUACCGAACUCCAAAUAUAGACACACCCCCACGAAAGUCACAAGAACUGAUUAUGGAAUAAGUAGUUUGUACUCGUAAAUAAUGUGAGCAAACAAAAUUUUUUUUAACCGUAUUAUGAUUACUAUGUGUACAAAUUUGGCUAGUUAAAAUAUGAAGCUUUUGAUUGAUCAAGACACACAUACAUAUGCACAGAUUCAAUGAGAGCAAUGCUAAAUCCCCAAUAAUUUCAGAUGGGAUGAAUAGUUAACUACGUACUUGAAAACUACUUUUUCAGUGAAAGUUAACCUGUGGUGAAUUUUUAAGCUACACUUAAAAGAGAGUACACAUGAUACAAAAAGUGCGCAAUAUGACUCAUGACAGAUAACUUCUACCUUUAUUUGACUAGUUUACUUCACUACGACAAACAUUUACAUUUUACAUAACUCCAAACAGAUCAGUUUCAUUUUGUUGUGCUUCCCGAGCAAAGGUAGAGGACAGAACUACUUAAACAGAUGAAGCAUAUUAUUGAACAAAUGCUU